AUGGCCUAUCACUUGACGCAGCCCUCAGAAGAUCAGACACUUUUGUCUCGAAAGGAAAACCAGAAAUCAAACAUGGGGUCCCCAGAGAGGCCCAACAGCCCCAAUGCCGUGCUCAAGAGGUCCUUCAGUACUCCGGAUGCGGCGCGAUUGCAGAAACAAGCAGCAGUCGACUCUCAAGGGCAGCAUUCGUCUACUGGUGAGAAGAAGCGCAACAAGCUUGGUUACCACAGAACGUCCAUUGCCUGCAGUCAUUGUCGACGAAGAAAAAUUCGAUGUAUUGCGUCGCCAGAUGUCCCCAAUCGGUGCGUCAAUUGCAUUCGGUUGAAGAAAGAAUGCAGCUUCUAUCCCGUUGAUCAGCAGCCGGGAGCAGACGCACGAACCAAAGCACCGUCGCGGCAAGCAGGUGGCCCAAAUGCGUCAUCUGCUUCAUCAUCUCCGGCCGUUGGUACCGGAAGCCCGGCAGGAACACCAUCAUGUAUGAUAGCAAGCGGCGUCAACUUGUCAGGUUCCCAAGGAGCGAACGCCGACUAUUUCCCCUCCGAUGCUACUGUCUCGCCCAAUGGCAUGCCUGCUGGCAGUCAGUACACUUUCGCAAAUCAGCCGACUUCAGGUUGGGUAUCAACGGAUAUGAGCUCGACCGGCGUUUCGAAACCCGAGGAGAUGGCAAUGCCAUGGCAUGCGUAUCCAACAGAGUCGCCCAUCAGUGGCCAGUUCUCUCCCUACACGCAGACAUCCUCUGCUUCAAUACCUUGGACGUCUGGAACCUCAGAGGCCGGGUCGCACGACGAAAUGGCAUGGGGAGAGUUUCCAACACCAAUGAGAUCGCUAUCAUACAGCGGCGAAAGCAGCGGGAGCCACCCGCAAGUUCCUUUCAUCCAAAUGACUCAAGCACAAGGAUACGAACGCCGGCAAUCCAAUUUUCCCGAUGCGUAUCCGCCCUUUCCGACAACCGUGGCUGGGGGCAAUCCGAUGACUGGCGUAUGCACCGCAACCCAGGUGCUACCCGGGGCAACAUUUGCACCAGGUGUGAGUCCGUGGCAGUCGCAACAACUUCUGGCGUCUCAAGGUUCAACUUCGGAUUGGCAGUAUGGCACACCAGAUGGUAAUCAAGCAAUAUUGAUGGAGGAUCAACGGAUGACACCAGGGGUCACACAAGCUCCAUCCGGUGUAUAUUACUCCACCUAA